AUGUCACAAAACAACGCAACACACAACGCCACAUUUACCAUUCCGAGUUCUGAACAGUUGCCAUUGCUGAAUAUUGUAUUUGGACUGAUUGGCAUACUCGGUUUACUUGGCAACCUACUGGUCUGCGUUGUAUUUCUACGAGUAAGGCAUCUACGGACAUUGACCAACAUCCUGAUAGUCCAUCAAGCUAUCAUCGACCUCACUAGCUCGGCGAUCGCUGUGUUGGCCUAUUUGGGACCACAAUUCAACUACACUUCGAAUUCUAUUGGUGGUGAAAUUAUAUGUCGUGUUUGGAAGUCUGGCUAUUUGUUUUGGUCAACCAGUUUUGUAUCUUCGACGAACUUGGUGGUUAUCACACUUGAGCGCUACUCUGCAAUUAUACACCCGCUUCACCACACUAAUCUGUUUACCGUCAAGCGAGUAAUUGUCAUCCUUAUUACCGAAUGGCUAUGUGCUCUUGCCUUUAAGAGUUUCAACAUAUAUGUACAGUAUUUUGACCGCGGACUUUGCUUCCCGAUAAAGAUAUGGUUCAACGCAGAGUUUGGACGAUUCGUUGGCAUCACCAAUGUUAUUGCGCAAUUCAUCGUUCCAUUGCUGGUGAUGUCAGUGGCAUAUACACGGUGCAUCAUGGCCCUGAGAAAGAAGUCGGGCGCUGAUGUACAAGUGGGUGACCACGAACAGGACAGUCAAUUGAAAGCUGACAGUUCAUUGAAACGAGCCAGUAGAAAUGUUCUUAAAAUGCUUGUAAUGGUUUUUGUGGCCUUCGCAUUGUGUUGGGGGCCCAAUCAAAUCAUGUUUCUUUCAUUUUGUUUGGGUUUUAAGCUCGACUUCGGCAGUACGCUGUAUCACGCAUCCGUCAUCUCGGUAUACGUCAACUCAUCUGUUAACCCAUUCAUUUACGCACUGAAAUACAAACAGUUUCAAAACGGAGUACGUCUGAUAUUUGGCUGCAAGAAUAUAAAUGCAGUUGAAAACAGCGGGUCAACUAGAGUGAAUGGACCAUAUUCCCAACAACAGUAA